GGGAGACAUCCCGGGAGAACUCCGAGCUCGGAGCGCUCGGCUAAGACCCGGACAACAUGCCUGUUCGCAGGGGGCAUGUGGCACCGCAAAACACCUUCCUAGGGACCAUCAUACGGAAAUUUGAAGGACAGAAUAAAAAAUUUAUCAUUGCAAAUGCCAGAGUGCAGAAUUGUGCCAUCAUCUACUGCAAUGACGGGUUCUGCGAGAUGACUGGUUUCUCCAGGCCAGAUGUCAUGCAGAAGCCGUGCACCUGCGACUUUCUCCAUGGGCCUGAGACCAAGAGGCAUGAUAUUGCCCAAAUUGCCCAGGCGUUGCUGGGAUCAGAGGAGAGGAAAGUGGAGGUCACCUACUAUCAUAAAAAUGGUUCCACUUUUAUUUGUAAUACUCACAUAAUCCCAGUGAAGAACCAAGAGGGUGUGGCUAUGAUGUUCAUCAUUAAUUUUGAGUAUGUGACAGAUGAAGAAAAUGCUGCCUCCCCAGAGAGGGUAAACCCAAUAUUACCAGUCAAAUCUGUAAACCGGAAACUCUUUGGUUUCAAAUUUCCCGGGCUAAGAGUUCUAACAUACAGAAAGCAGUCCUUGCCACAGGAAGACCCUGAUGUGGUAGUCAUUGAUUCAUCUAAACACAGUGAUGACUCUGUGGCCAUGAAACACUUUAAGUCUCCCACAAAAGAAAGUUGCAGUCCCUCUGAAGCAGAUGAUACAAAAGCCUUGAUACAGCCUAGCCAGUGUUCUCCCUUAGUGAACAUAUCUGGACCUCUGGACCAUUCCUCUCCCAAAAGGCAAUGGGACCGCCUCUACCCUGACAUGCUGCAAUCAAGUUCCCGCCUAACACACUCCAGAUCAAGGGAAAGCCUCUGCAGCAUACGGAGAGCAUCUUCCGUUCAUGAUAUAGAAGGCUUCAGUGUCCACCCCAAGAACAUAUUUAGAGAUCGACAUGCCAGUGAAGACAAUGGUCGCAAUGUCAAAGUUUCACGUUCCUGGAUGGCAGGGGGGCCCUUUAAUCAUAUCAAGUCAAGUCUGCUGGGGUCCACGUCGGAUUCAAACCUCAACAAAUACAGCACCAUCAACAAGAUUCCUCAGCUCACUCUGAACUUUUCAGAUGUCAAAACUGAAAAAAAGAAUACAUCUCCUCCUUCUUCAGAUAAAACUAUUAUUGCACCCAAAGUCAAAGAGCGAACGCACAAUGUGACAGAGAAAGUAACCCAGGUUCUUUCUUUGGGAGCAGACGUCUUGCCAGAAUACAAGCUGCAGACACCGCGCAUCAACAAAUUUACAAUAUUGCACUACAGCCCUUUCAAAGCAGUCUGGGAUUGGCUUAUUUUACUAUUGGUCAUUUAUACAGCUAUAUUCACCCCCUACUCUGCAGCCUUUCUUCUCAACGACAGAGAAGAACAGAAAAGGCGAGAAUGUGGCUAUUCUUGUAGCCCUUUGAAUGUGGUAGACUUGAUUGUGGAUAUUAUGUUUAUUAUAGACAUUCUAAUAAACUUCAGAACAACCUAUGUAAAUCAGAAUGAAGAAGUGGUAAGUGAUCCUGCCAAAAUAGCAAUACACUACUUCAAAGGCUGGUUCCUGAUUGACAUGGUUGCAGCCAUCCCUUUUGACUUGCUGAUUUUUGGAUCAGGUUCUGAUGAGACAACAACAUUAAUUGGUCUUUUGAAGACUGCACGUCUCCUUCGUCUUGUGCGUGUAGCCAGGAAACUGGACCGAUACUCAGAAUACGGCGCUGCUGUUCUAAUGCUCUUAAUGUGCAUAUUUGCCCUGAUUGCCCACUGGCUGGCUUGCAUCUGGUAUGCGAUUGGGAAUGUAGAGAGGCCCUAUCUGACUGACAAAAUUGGAUGGUUGGAUUCCUUAGGACAACAAAUUGGGAAACGUUACAAUGACAGUGACUCAAGUUCUGGACCAUCCAUUAAAGACAAAUACGUCACGGCACUUUAUUUUACCUUCAGCAGUUUAACCAGUGUAGGAUUUGGAAAUGUGUCUCCUAACACCAAUUCGGAGAAAAUCUUUUCCAUUUGUGUCAUGUUGAUUGGCUCCCUAAUGUAUGCAAGCAUUUUUGGGAAUGUUUCUGCGAUUAUUCAAAGACUAUACUCGGGAACUGCCAGGUACCACAUGCAAAUGCUGAGAGUGAAAGAGUUCAUUCGCUUCCACCAAAUCCCCAACCCUCUGAGGCAACGGCUUGAAGAGUAUUUCCAGCACGCAUGGACUUACACCAACGGCAUUGACAUGAACAUGGUCUUAAAGGGAUUUCCAGAAUGUUUACAAGCUGACAUUUGCCUGCAUCUAAACCAGACUUUGUUGCAAAACUGCAAAGCCUUUCGGGGAGCAAGUAAAGGCUGCCUUAGAGCUUUGGCAAUGAAGUUUAAAACCACCCACGCCCCUCCAGGAGACACCCUAGUCCAUUGUGGGGAUGUCCUAACUGCACUGUACUUCUUAUCCAGAGGCUCCAUCGAAAUCCUCAAGGAUGACAUAGUGGUAGCUAUUCUUGGGAAAAAUGAUAUCUUUGGUGAAAUGGUUCAUCUUUAUGCCAAACCUGGCAAGUCUAAUGCAGAUGUGAGAGCGCUCACAUACUGUGACCUGCAUAAGAUCCAGCGAGAAGACUUACUGGAGGUCUUGGAUAUGUAUCCAGAGUUUUCUGACCACUUCCUGACUAACCUGGAACUGACUUUCAACCUGAGACAUGAGAGUGAAAAGUCCCAAUCCAUAAAUGAUUCUGAAGGGGACACUGGUAAACUACGGAGAAGGAGAUUAUCCUUUGAAAGUGAAGGCGGGAAAGAUUUUAGCAAAGAAAACAGCGCAAACGAUCCCGACGAUUCUACAGAUACAAUAAGACGUUAUCACAGUUCCAAGAAGCACUUUGAAGACAGGAAAAGCAGAUCGUCAUCGUUCAUCUCCUCCAUCGAUGAUGAACAAAAGCCACUCUUCCUGAGAACAGUAGACUCUACUCCAAGAAAAGUAAAAGCAACCCGACUCCACGGUGAAGAAACUAUGCCCCCCUCGGGAAGAAUUCACACGGAUAAAAGAAGUCACUCUUGCAGAGAUAUCACUGAGGCACAUAGCUGGGAAAGAGAGCCUGCUCCGGCUCAACCUGAAGAAAGCAGUCCCUCAGGACUUCAGAGAGCUGCCUGGGGGAUCUCUGAGACUGAAAGUGACCUCACCUAUGGGGAAGUGGAACAAAGGUUAGAUUUACUUCAAGAACAACUUAACAGACUGGAAUCCCAAAUGACAACGGACAUCCAGACCAUCUUACAGCUCCUGCAGAAACAAACCACAGUGGUCCCUCCAGCCUACAGCAUGGUGACUGCAGGAGCAGAGUACCAGAGACCCGUUCUCCGUCUGCUGAGAACAAGUCACCCCAGAGCAUCCAUUAAGACUGACCGGAGUUUCAGCCCCUCCUCACAAUGUCCUGAAUUUCUAGACCUUGAAAAAUCUAAACUCAAAUCCAAAGAAUCCCUCUCAAGCGGAAGGCAUCUGAACACAGCCUCAGAGGACAACUUGACUUCACUUUUAAAACAAGACAGUGAUGUGUCUCUAGAGCUUCACCCGCGGCAAAGAAAAACUUACCUUCACCCCAUCCGGCACCCGUCUCUGCCAGAUUCUUCCCUAAGCACUGUAGGGAUCUUGGGUCUCCAUAGGCAUGUUUCCGACCCUGGUCUUCCAGGAAAGUAAUCGUUUUGUACUAUUUCCUCCACAUCCAAUGUAAGUGCUUUUAAUGGCUGUUUUCCUUUUUGUAUUUAAAUCCUCUCUACUUGACUCAGGGGCUCACAAGGUACCAUUAUAUGCAAAAGUACUGUAUAUUUUUCCUAAAUUGAAGCUUGUAAGGUAAAGUUGAGCAGCUAGGAUGUAAAUAUACAUAAGAGCUUUUGGUUCCAAAUGUUCAAACUGCCAGCAUCUCAAGGCACCUUAUUUUUUAAUUUAGUUAUUUUUUAAAUCAUGUGCAUGUUAGGAAACUCCACUUUCUCUUGCAUGGAGACUCCUAUUUACUGCUUUUACCGAAUCAGUGCUUGAUUAUGAAAAUGCCUUCCGAGCAAAUAAGACACUGAGAAAUGAAAAUGUUCACGAUCGCAACUCAGAUGAUCCUCAACUUACGGGAGUUUAACAGUGGGGGGAGAAAGGGAAGUUAGUCAGUUUGGAGAAGAAAUACCCUUCUGUAUUGACAUGUUUAUAGUUACUUACCUUCAUUUCCUAUAACAAUAAAAAAGAUUCAAAGUCUGAGUUAUACUUAUCAGUCAGAAAGGGAGCUAAAUCCACAAGUACCGAAGGAUAGAGUUCUUUCUUAAUAAAUUUGUAGUUUACUAAUAUAAACUUCAGAUCAUAGUAGGAAAACCCAGGAACUCAGACCCCAGUUUCAUGUCCCAGGUUAUAUGAGACCUUCAACAAGAGCUAUUCAUUUUGGAGAGGUGACAGGACAAAGCUAUUCCAGGCUUCCAAAGGUUAGGAAACUAUGGGAAGCAGUCACCUGCUCCCAGCCUUCUGGGAGCUGCAGUCUCUGGGCUGGUGAGCAAUCUGACCACAAGGAGUCUCUACACCCUACUUCUGCUUCUAGGCGGUCAAGUGGGAGGAGAACAGAGAGACCUUUGUGAAUUUCUGCCCUACUUUUGGACAGGUUGAGGAGGCACAAUGCUCCCCCGAGCUUGUCUUCAGCCAAACAAUGAGAAAUACAGGACAAUAUCAGUGCAAGAAUAAAAUGGUCUCUCUAGUAAAUUCUGCAGUGCUUCAUAAACAAGCUUCCUAAAAUAUUUACAGUAGUACAUCUUUCUAAAAUCUUAAAGAUUAUUUUGUGUGGUGGGGGGGUGACUCAAAACAUGCCACUUACACAAGUGGACAUCUGCAAUUUCUUCAGAUUUAUAUGUGAGAGCAAUCUUGCAUUUGUUUAAAUAGUAGACACAAUUUCAGAUUAUUUGUUAACAGGACCGUCUUUUAUUAAGAAUGGGUUGUUUCCUUGCUUUAUUAUCCCAGCUGUGGCAAACAAUGUUCAUCAGACCACCUAAAAAAGUCUUGUUAAUUGAAAAUUAAGUGAAAAAUCCAUUAUGUGUGAUUUGGACUGAUUAUAUACUGAUUCUAUCACAAUAUAUGUAUGAAUAUGUGUAAUGUAAAACCUUUGAAUGCUAGGUACUGUUUCGGUGAAAGAGAUGGCAUUUAGAUCAUAAAAUCAACACAGGAAAAAAAACAAUUUACAAUUCUUAAUGGAUCAAAUGCCAGUUAAAUUUUAUUUUCAACUCAAUUAUAUUUUUGAAAUUAUCAGAGACUAACCCUUUGUGUUCUUUUCUCCUGAACAAACACCUAGAAAUUCGUUGAUGGCUUUGUAGUUUUUCUACUAAUUCUUAACGCUCCUACAGAGCUUUAAAUAGUAGUUUAUUUGUACAUUUUUAAGUGGUUGAAUUUUCCUUCACCUUUGACACUAAUUGUUAGUCCACUUCAAAUGCAAGCAAUGUAUUAACUGUGUAUAACACUAUUACUUCAUUUAAAAAUGUGUUAGAGUGACCUGAAAUUGUUCCCUACAUGCUUUUAAAGUCACAGAAUUUGCCAAUCCAAUCUUCGUGGGAGGAAAUCUGCACAUAGGGCAUGUUCUUAUUCCCACUUAAUUGAAAAAAAAAAAUACUUACGGCAGAAGACCAGUCAGGUCAACAUGAGUAUAACAAUUAGAAUAGGCUCCCCAAAUCAUUUGAUAUGGCACAGAUACAAACAUAGACUUACAUUCCUUCUUUCAGCAAGCAUUGAAAAGAAGUACCUCACACAGGAAAGAGUCAUGUUAAGUAGAGAACAAUUUAGAUGUGGAUUUAGGGAUCUUAUUUCCAUGUCGGGGCACAUUUCUGCAGCUGCAACUAAUUUCCUAAGGACUGUUCUGUCUGAGCAACAUGAUCAUUCAGAAUAAAUUCACGAGAGAUUGCUCGUUUUUAAGGGCAGGUGAAGAACUGAGAUCCGAUUGUUUGAUCUGAUUGGUGAAUGCUUCAGUAGCAACAUUUGGUAUGCAUGCAUGCAAUUCGGCCUACUUGAAGCUUUCCAUUUAUACUUCUCCAUAAAAACUGAGCUUGCAGGAAAGGGAAGCUAGGGGGUGCUAUACAAGCAUCCAACUGGUUUAAAUUCUAGCACAAUCUAAACCCCUUCCCUUCUUAAUUCCUCCACAUGCAAUAAUUGUUUUUAAAUCGUAAGUCUUGGAGGGUUGUGUAGGAACAUAAAGGGACCUGUUUUCUUUUCUUUUUCUUUUUUUUUUUUUUUUUGGUUUUUUGAGGAACCUGUUUUCCUACAGAAUAUUAGUGUUAAAGAUCCCAAACAACAUAAACAUACACAUGGUCAUAAAUGUUAGAUGAACAGACAGCUUAACUGACUUAUGGAUAGUAAAAACAAUCAUCUUGGCAUACAAUAUGCAUCCCCUGUCCCAGCCUAAAAAUAACUUUAAAAUAGCAUUACCCUACCUAUCCCCUAUAGCAAAAGCAAUCUGCCACCUCUAACUUAGGGUCUGCUGAAGGCCAGCCUAAUACUGCACCAGUCAAAAACCAGUACAGCAACUGCUUUCCUAGGAGGGAAUCAGAAGCCCUGACAUUAACACCUUUUGCCUUUAACCUAAAAUUAUCAUCUGGUCCCAUGUCCUUAAAAAAAAUGUUGUCUUAAAGUUUAUUUGGCUGAGAUGUUCUCCUGCUGCUAUUAAUUGCUGGACAGAGAAUUGCCUCUAAGACUCAUCAUUUUAUCCCAGAGGGAAGUCCCAUACUUUAAUUAUCUGAUGAGAAUACCAGGAAUAAAAAAUACAGAAGAGAUGUUUUAAAUAUAAUAGCCACUAAUUCAACAAACAGGGGAAAGCAGGGGGCCAAUUCGAGACAACAUAAAUUUCAAGUUUAUUAUAAAGGACUGGCCAUCGGAAUCAAAUUUUCUCUUCUAGGCAGAUAUAGUGAAACUGGGAAUCAAGUUUACUAUGUGCAUAUUGGAACCCAAGCAAUGGCUCCAAAAUACCUAGAAGAGAAACAUUUGUAUCCAAAUGUCAUCUUCAUGUCCCAACUUACACAUUAUAGGUAAGAAUAAAAUAUAUCACUUAUUCAAUAUAUGUAAAAGAGUAAGUAAUAAUAAAUAGCAUUAUGCUUUAUAGUCAGGAAAAAAAGCAAUUCAGUCAGUUAAUUACAAAUGAACUGUAACUCUGGCUAUAAUUUAAUAUAAGGGACUCUAUAUUGUUUAUUCAUGGAUAAUACAAAAACAAAAAACAAAACAAAACAAAACAUGUUCUCAAUGUGUUAAUGGGCUUGUUAUUCAAUGUCAAAAACAUUUAGAUCAAAACAUUGAAUUGACAUUUUAUUUUAAUCGCAGUUGUGUAGUAAAAUAGACAUGGUAAUACUGUACAUUCAAAGAGGCACUUGGAAGACAGGUUGCUGUGGAGGGGCCUCAGGCUGUGGUCCUGAAAGUUUGCAGUGCUCACAUCACCUAAGAACUCAGAAGCGAAUGGUUCUGGGUCUCACUCCAGAUCUACUAAAUCAGAAACCUGAAAGCUGGGACCCAGCACUGACCAUUCAAUGAGCUCUCCUUAACAUGGUCUGUAUGCACACUAAAACACACCAAGGUCCCCAAGGUAUGCUCUGUGGUCAGGCCAACUUCAUGCUAACAGUUAAGUCUUUCCUUCAUGUGUUGUGUGUCCCUUAGUGAAUUAAUUACACUCUGUGAGUUUUCUCUUGAAUCUUUAAAAGUGACAUUAUAGUCCUUGCCUCACUAAAGUUUGAGGAGAAACAAAAUGAAAUACAGAAAAAUGCCUAGCACAAAGUAAGUGCUUAAAAACAAAAUCCUACCUACCCGCCUCCCAACUCCCUGGCCAGGAACACGACAUUAAAAACACAGGAAAAAACACUUUUCUUUUGAACAAGUACUAAGUAACUAAAAUCACUGUUCCCAUGACUAAAGCUCUUCAUUCUGAAAAACUUAAUUGUAGCUACAAUCUUCUCUUCAUUUUGUGCUAUUAACUCUACAGCUUUAAAGUAAAUACUAAAUUAAAAAAAUACUGACUAGUAAGUAGCAAUGAGAACAUGACUCCCACUGCUAAAAAAAAAAAAAAAGCAAUUUCUACCCAAAGUUCCUAGAGUCUAUUCCUUGAAGGCUAGUGCACUGUGCAGUGUCUUCUUGGACAUGAUAGCAUUCCAAGAUGGGUAUUUGAAACUAUUUACAAAAUAUAAUUCAGUUUUGAAAGUAAACACAAUUGCUGUUUUUACAAAAACUAGAACUUCACAGAGGUAAUGGCACUUUUCAGGUACCCUUUCUCUCAUUGCGCAAGUGCAUUCUACAGACCUUAGACACUCGAGUUCUCGUGUAGAAUGCUGGAAACGGCAAAAAGGCUCAGUGUGGUUAAGGUGAAAUCAAAUCCUACCGUUUCCACUUAUGAUUGAGGAAAAACCAAAGUUGACCUCAGUAUCCAGAACCACGUAGAUACAAAUGAUUCCUGACAUAGCUCUCUGAAAUGUACAUGUGGGAGUGUGUAGGAACCAGGCAGCACGUAAAGAUGCAAAUUCAUCCUGCGGCUUGCUCAUCAGCACAAAGCGGUAUUCAGUCAGUAGUGGCACAAUGACACUGAUCUCCACGUGAAAACGUGUUCCAAUAUCCUUUCCUCCACCCAACGCUCCACACUGACACCUGGCAUGGAGCAGAAACCUACAAAGUGGUUUUCAUGUCCCUGCCCAAGAGGAGGUUGGUGUUGAUGCCACCUCUUCUGCGUUAGCUCCCAGGAACUUGGCCAACACCUGUAGAACAACACAUCCACAACUCAGAUGCUUUCUCCUUUUGAGAUAGCUUGCCCCUUUUCUCCCUGAUUCUCCAAAUGUUCUCAUUUAGAGCUGUUUGCUUGUGUUUCUUCCUAAAGUGGUGUUAGCCUUUUAAAAACUGAAAGGAUUAUUUUCAGUGCUUUUUAUAGCUAUCAGGUGUCACGACCAAGCAAGGCCCACCCACGCUUAGGAUGUCACUGUAAUCUCUUGUGGCAAAAAUUCACUUCGUUUUAAUGUCCAGUACAGAAAAACAAAACUCAUAGCAGACUCACAUUUAACAUUGUGAAAAGCAACCAUCACAAUGAUUAUCUGUUGACUAGUACAUGAAAGUUGAGAUAUGGCUAAAUAGAAGUUAUUUAAAACUCCAUGUAAUAACUAUAAAUGAGAAUAAAAACAUAGAAAUGGAAUGUAUUCAAAACUACAUAUCUCUUGACCCGGUCCAUCACUUUACCAGCCAUGACCACACUUUUAAACAUACACAGCAAGAACUUUUGCAAUAAGGUUCCCAAUUAGACAUUUUUAUUAUGAGAUGCGGAAAUAUGAACAUGGUUAUUCUUUUAAAAUUAAUGUCAAAACUUAAAUCCCUAACCUGCAUUCACGACACCUGUGACUCCCAUUGGUUAACAUAUUUUGAAAGAUGUGAAACAAUUUGGUACACCUGCAAUUUGAAAGCUUUAUACAUUUAACACACAUUCUUUGGACUUCUGGUUUAUUCUGAAGCAGUUUUUAAAAACUCACAAUUGUGAAUAACCACAAGUUUGAACAUUUUAACUGUAUUAGUUUUCAUUCUGAUUUACAUUGUGUGCGAGUGUUUAAGAAAGUCCACACCACAUUCCUGAUCCCUAAUUAGAAGGAAAAUCAGAGGGUCAGUAAAGUUGUGAUUAGCUCUUCCUACAUUCCCCUCAUAUGCUCACAGAGUUACAACAGCAAUGAAAUGGCAAUGGCACCCUUUUCCCUAGUGGUACAAAAACGCAAUAGAAAUAUCAAGAAACCCCUACUUUCCUCCUAGGUGCCUACUGAUUUUAAAGACAGGCACGUGACCUCCUUAGAGCUGACUUUUCAUUUUGUAAUUCUGAGGAGAAAAUAUAUUAUCCCAGAGGGCUUGCCAGUCAAUGAAUGGUGUAUUUCAGAAAAGAAUGUGUGUGAUCACUUGAAAAUGUCAGUCAUCUGAUACAAGGGCACUCACUCACAUCCUGUCACAUAGAACUCUGGAAUGCUUUAUACUAAAUGAAUCAACCAAAACACACCGACUUCAUAGUCUUUAUGCACAUAAUGUAGCAUGGAAUCAUGAUGCUUUUGAAAUACUCUGUGCAGAAAUAUUUAUUUUUUAGCCAAUAUUUUCCUCAAAGAUUGGUAUGUGGUGUUGACAGUGUAAUCUAUUUGCACAGCUAGUUUUGCAAUAACCUUCUACAAAUAACUGUACAUAAGAAAAAUGUAAAUUUCAUGUAAAAAUGGUUGCAAACUUUUGGUAGCUGAAAGCAUACAAGUUGUAUUGAAAAAAUAGUAUAUAUAUAUAAUUUAAGGAUGAAACAUAUAAUUUCUGAUCUAUUUAUACAUGAAAAAUUCAAGACUUUGUAAAAGAAUUUAUUUUGGGGGAAAAGAAAGUAAAUCUUAUUAGCUAGUGUACUUUUAAUAGUGAAGCCAACAAAUUCCAACAUUUUGUUAGGUACAGUACUAGAUAUAGGCAUGGUGGUGCUGAACAAUUCAAAAUUCACAUCAUUGUAACAGUGCUAGAAUUUCACCGACUUCUAGUAGACCACUAGCAAGCUGGGCUGAGCGGUGAACGCACUGUCUGAAAUUAAAGAACUCAAGACAUUUUACUUAUUGCCCCAUCAGAAUCACGGCAGGAAAUGACUGAAAUGUUUAUUGCUAGCUAGGAUUUUUCUGAAGGAUAAAUGGCCUUUGACACACAUUCAAAAUGGCUCAUUCAUGAUGAAAGCUUGGCUCAUCUUUUCCUUCAAGAAUGGAAGUACACAGAUAUUAUUUCCUCUUACUUAGGUUUCCUACAGGCUUAAUUUCUCCCCUAAUUGCUUUCGUGCCACUUGAGAAAAUUCGCACUAUCUUCAAAGACAAUUUUAAACAAAAUUUGUUGGCGCUGACACAGCAUGGGCUAAGGGUAGCAUUGGCUGUGUAGUAGCAUAGAUUCCUCAUGUUUCGUCUUUAAGAUUUCAGAAGCCAAGAGCAUAUGUUCACGUAUGAUAAAUGUAAAACCAAACUUAUUACAGAUAGCAAGAAAUAUUGCAUUGCCCUCUGUGAAACUGAUUGUGAAAUCAGAGACAAAGUAUACAUAGCAAAAUGUCUGGAAAUGUUCCAUAGCAUAAGUAUUCUUAUCCUAAGACAUAUUUGAGGGUUCUACACACACAACUGUGAGAAAUUAAAUAUGCGUUAAAAGCCCAGUAAAUCCUAAAGUCUAUUUUAAAUGGCCUAUCAUUUACAAAGUAACAGGAGACUUUAAUUAGUGUAUUUCUAGAACAGUAACAUCCUCACUGCUCAGGUUAUCUUUUGCAAUUUCAGUAAUCAUAGAAAAAUAAGACAACUAAAUAAGCAAUACAGACAAUUAAAGCAAAAUGGUUAUAUGCAUGUGUCUAUAUAUGUAGAUGUUUAUGCUUAGAGAAAAGGUUAAACUACAACCCCCAACACAUCAGAAUUGGAAAUCCCUCAUUCCUAGUUCACACAUCUCUCCAUAUAGCUAUUAAAUGAUGCUCUAUGUCUUGAGUUAAUGAAGAGGCACACCUGACAAACCAGCACAUGGGCAAAAUACCCUGUGCAUUUUUUUAAAUUGUGGUGCAUUGUAGUGAGGUAGAAGCACUCUGCACAUCUACUUACUACACGUUUAAACUGACAGAAGCAAGUCGGGGUUUUAAUAUAAUGCACCACGCGUUAUGAAGCUACUUAGGUAAAAGGAGUGAUAAGAACAUAUGCUCUUUUCUUUGUAAGAUGGAGAAAAAUGUUUAAAACUUAGUAGAGGGAAAUAUAAGAGGGAGUCAGAGCACAGGUUUCCUAGCAUUCACAUGAUAGGUAGGUUUUGAGUCAGAAGGGUUCCCCAAGUUCUCCAAAUGUUUUGCUGGAAAGUUUUCUUCUCAGUGUUCUAAGCAACAGGGAAACUGCAAUUUAAUAUAUGGAGAGAUGUCUGAUCUUGUUGUAAGUGGGAAAUGAUAAGGAGAGUAUUCAUUUAAAAUACAGUCUGCAUCUGCAUUCACCACCGCACAGGCAUUCUAAACAUUUGCAUUUGUAUCCUCCAGUAGUAUGUGCAUACUCUCCGACAUAUUUUAGAUGACACCUUAGCCUUAGGCAUUUAUUUGAGGAAGCUUAACUCACUACAUAAAUGAUGACAUUAAAACAAACAAACAGGAUCUUUUCAAGCAAGUACCAGUGUGAUAAAAGAGCCGCGGCUGUGUUUUAGGCUCUACAGCAAAGGAUGUGCUAAUUGAAGGCGGUCUGGGAUUCUGAGCAAUGGGUUUAAUUUACAGAUUUUUAAAAACAUACCCCUAUCAAAUUUACAGAAAGCUGUUAACGAAACAAGACAAAAUCUACCCACUUUAGUUUGUCCAAGAUAAGAUGACAUUUAAAAAAAGCACAUUUCUCACAAAUAGUAUUUAUUUUGCUUGUCCAGUUAGUAAUAUCAUAAGAUUACAAGUGAACCUGAUUUGUACAUUUUAAUUAAAGAAAUACCACAAAUUGAUUUUGUUACUUUUCAAUUGCACAGAGUUUAAACUACCUUGAUAAAUUCGACUUUCUUCCAGGGUAAAUGCCUUUUCUGGAAAUAAAUAUAUAACUUGAAUAUAUAUUUGUUACUUUCUUUUUCUGAAUGCAUGCCUAAAAUAGGUUAAUGAGCACAGUCCUUAAAAUACAUUUAAAGUGGACCAAAUCAGAUUCCAUAGUAUCGAUUUUUCCCUUGAUGUAAUUUAAAAUGUAUAAACUGCCACUCAAACUAGAAGUGCAAUACCUGACAUUUAAUCAUUUGGCAAUCUUUUAGAUAACAGCUGAAUUAAUGCACUGUUGUUUGAACUGACGCAUCUCAUAACAGUAUAUAUGUAACAAAUUUUGUAUGAUACAAAACUUUACAGCAAGCUAUUUGAAUGUUUAUUUAAAAAAAUUCCCAAAACGACAUGGAAACAUGUUUACUGUAUAAAUAAAAGCACUUAUUCAUCA